AAGCGUGCAACUCCACUAACGGAGUUGCUGAAGAAGAAGCAGCCUUGGAGGUGGUUUGAUAAAUAUGAAGCUGCAUUCCAAGAUCUGAACAUUGUUGUGUUGGAAGAACCGGUGCUCAAAUUGCUGGACUAUGGGGAGCCCUUCGAAGUCCAUACAGAUGCUUCAGACUUCGCUAUUGGGGGAGUACUCAUGUAGGAGGGUCAUCCGGUGGCCUACGAGAGCCGCAAGCUCAACGAGACCGAGCGGCGGUAUCCGGUGCACGAGAAGGAGAUGACAGCGGUGGUCCACUGUCUACGAGUUUGGUGACACUACCUUCUUGGAUCGCGAUUUGUGCUGAGGACAGACAACAUCGCUUUAAGCUAUUUCCAAACUCAGAAGAAACUCUCCCCAAAGCAAGCACGAUGGCAGGAUUUCCUGGUUGAGUUUGAUAUGACAAUGAAGUACAAGCCCGAAAAAGCAAAUGUCGUGGUCGAUGCAUUGAGCCCGAAGGUGGAGAGAGUGAAUGCCAUACAGUUGGAGGGCAGAGGCCAAGCAAGUCAAUUGCACUCCAACUUCCUUUCUAAGAUCAGGGAUGGACUGUAUAGUGAUCCCCAAGCAGUAACCCUGAUGCAACUCAUCAAAGAAGGCAAGGCACGACGAUUUUAGGUCCAGGAGGGACUCAUUUACACAAAAUGGAAUAUGGUUUAUAUCCCUCAAAUGGAUAAUUUGAGGCGUGAGCUCUUAAGAGAGUGUUACGAUUCCCUUUGGGUUGGACAUCCGAGUAUUUACAAAACCUUGGCUCUCAUGGAGAGGGCCUUCUAUUGGCCGAAGAUGGGGACUGAUGUUGAGGAAUAUGUUCGAACGUGCCUCACUUGCCAACAAGACAAGGUGGAGCAACGGAAGUCGAUGGGACUUUUGGAAUCGUUGCCCGUACCAGAAAGGCCGUAGGAGAGCAUUUCCUUAGACUUCAUAUCAAGCUUGCCGACAGUAGGGGGAUUGGGAUCGAUACUUGUAGUAGUCGAUCGAUUUUUAAAGUUUGCAACUUUCAUUGCUGCGCCCCUACACUGUUCAGCAGAGGAGGCGGCCAAGCUGAUGAUGAAGAAUAUGGUGAAGUAUUGGGGAGUCUCGCAUAAUAUUAUCGGUGAUUGAGAUGCUCGGUUCUUGCGACGAUUUUGGACCGAGCUAUUCAAAUUAUUGGGGUCUAAGUUAUACUUUUCCACAAGCCUCCACCCCUAGACAGAUGGCCAAAUCGAAAGGAUAAACUCGCUCCUGGAACAAUAUCUUCGGCACUACGUGAGUGCCAACCAACGAGAUUGGGUGAAGCUGUUGGACAUAGCCCAAUUCUCCUGCAACUUGCAGCGGAGCUCUGUGUCCAACAAGAGCCCAUUCAAGAUCAUUAUAGGACAACAACCGUCGACUCCUUACACCCUGGCUAUCAGAUACACUGGGAGUAGUCCGUCAGCUUAUCACUUUGCUAAAGAAUGGCACUGAAAUGCAGAUAUUGCACGGGCUUACUUGGAGAAGGAGAUCAAAAAGAUAAAGAAGUGGGCCGACUUGGGAAGACGAUCGUAAGAGUUCAAAGUCGACGAUUUAGUGUUGGUGAAGCUCCAACUAGCAUCACUCCAAUCCUUUAGGAACAAAGUACACAAAGGAUUGGUGCGCAAGUAUGAAGGGCCCUUCCCAAUUAUCAGUAGGGUGGGCAACGUCUCCUACAGGUUGCAGCUACCGGCGUGGCUCAAAAUUCAUAAUGUUUUUCACGCUAGCAACUUGAAAGCCUACCACUCAGAUCCGCAAGAUGCUUCCCAAAAUGUUCCAACUCGGCUACCCCCCACCAUAGCCUCCUACGAGAAGCGAGUUGAUACCAUUCUAGCGGAUCACAAGAUAAAGCUACCUAAUGGUGCUGAGCAGACCGAGUAAUUGGUGAAGUGGCGAAGGCUUCCCCGAACUGAAGCAAGUUAGGAGCCCGAAGACGCCCUACGACAUGAAGAAGCAAUCAACAACUACCAACAAGCAUCGACGAGGGCGUCGACAUGUUAAGUGGGGCAGAAUGUCACGAAUGGUCGUCGCGCACUCGCAACAACUUCGUUCAACGAACCGUUCGUCGCUUUUGCAUGCUUGAACAGAGACAUGACAGCAUGUUUUGCCUUGGUUUUAUGUGUUUUUGCUUGUAAAAAUACAUGUUCGAACAGGUUACAGCGCACAGUACGACCGCUCACCGCGCUGGGUUAAAAAGCCCCAAAAUGGCUUCGUUUUCGCAUGCCGCGGGCUGUUUUCUGCAGCUCGCUGCACCUCGCGAAAUGUCAACCAUCUCAGCACCCUAGAACCCCCCCGGUGGCACAAGGCUGGAUGGGGCUUCAGUAUAUUGUCAGGUGUUGAAAAAUCUUCACAAGUUCGCACGUUGACUUGACGGGAACUUGCCUUCGCGCCCGACACUCGGUGAGCAGUUGUUUGUGGACUUGCAACUAUUCGUUCUACCUUCUAAAGUCCUUAUUUUCCUCCUUUCUCUCUUUUAUCUAAUACACGUAAGGUGCUCGCUGAAUUGCUUGUAAAGCUUUCCUCUUCGCGAGACGUUGGGACUUGUCCGUCGCUCGUUCUUCGAACUAAUAAACUUUCUCUUUUACAGGUCCUUCGGGACCUGAGUGAGGUUGUAAACUGGCUGACCUUUGCGGAUGUAUAUCGUAAGGGCGCGUCAAGACUUAGGCCAUCCUAGUUAAGUCCGAGAAGUUGGCACAAGGGUGCUUCGUGACUUAGGCAACUCAAGCUAAGUUCGCGUCUUGGCCGCAAGGGUGCCUAACGACUUAGGCAAUUCCAGCUAAGUUCGUGACAGUGUGUCUUUGGAAGCUAUCUUAGAAAGUGGUGCUGCAUAUGGAGAGCCAUCAUCUAUUAGAAAGAGAGAACAUCAUCCAAGGGAAGCGUCAUGAAAUUGUUUCCCCACUUCAAUCUUUGAUUAAGAUGUCGAUUCCCUUCACCAAUCUAGAAAUAGGCUUCGACUCUGAAUUGUUUGCCUUCAUGCGGUUCAAACUCUUUGUGAACUUUAAUUCGGGACUCUUUGCCUCUUAGUUUGCUAUGGUGUGUGUGGCUCUUGCAUCCACCAAUGCCUGAAUCAUCUUCUCAUUUAAUCUAAUGUCCAUCAACAUCAAUAGGAUGUCGUCUUUGUCUCUCUUAAUGUUGUUUUUGAUUGCUUUUCCACUUUGAGCUCACAUUGCAUUCAACAAAUUACACUAACCCAAUGCAUGGUCGUUGUGGUGAUCCUUCGUCACUUCCCAAUUCUAACAAACUAGAGCCUGAAGAGUCACCUUUCUUCUUUGGCCUCCUCUCGGGCUUCUCCUGGACUUCACCUCUUAAUGCAUUCAACAAACACAUAAUUCCCAUGUGAGGUCUUGGCGAUGAGACGUUGCUACUCAAACACAACCUGCCCAAACUAGAUGAUUUUGCCAAUGCUCUUCUUUGGCAAUGAAGAAGCCGUAAAGGUAGGACAAUAUUGAGUGCUUCUCUUUGUUGCCGCCAUUUGAUUACUUUUCGUUGUUGGCAUUCCAUUGUUGGAUGCUGUCCACCGCACAAAUGACAUGUGCCAGACUUUAGGACUUUUGUAUCCAUGUUUCAUCAAAGCACUUUUCUUCUUAUUUGGAAGUUUUUGGAGAUCCCUUCUUCAGCAAGUACUUUUUCUUUGUCAUCUCUAUUAUAGAGAAAUCUGUGAGUCGUUCCGCCUUUGCGAGUACACCUAUUAGCUUAUGGACAUUUUAAUGAUGCAACUCCUGCUGAACCCACAAUUUUAAAUUGUCAAGGAAGUAGAAAAGUUUAUCUUUCUCAGACAUGUCUUGGAUGUUCAACAUCAAUGUAAAAAACUACUUUAGAUAAUCACGAAUUGUCUAGGUCUAGUGAAGUUGCCACAACCUUCACGGUGCGAUGAACCCUGUAUUCUCUAACAUGAAUCGAGUAUUCAAUUCCCUCUUCAAGGCUUCCCAAGUGUCAAUGUUAUAGCGAUCCUAUUUCAUAUCCUCCCAGCAUGUGUGCCACCACAGUUUUGCAUCAUCGAUGAGAUAUAUAAUUGCCGGCGACACCUUGGAAUCUUUAGAUUCUGGUGAGGUCGCUUUGCAGUAUUAAUCUAUAUCAAAGAGACUUUUCUGACUUCUUGGCAUCCUGAGCACCAUUAUGGCUCUAUGGUUUGGGAGCCUUCAUUUGUGAUGAUAGAUGACUACGAGACAUUCCUUUUCACAUAUGCACACUUGCAUGAGUGUUAACACAUGAGAUGUCAAUUCCCUUACUCUUGUAAGUAUUGCACGGAUUCUCUCAUAUCAUUCAUUAUCCUUUCUACUUGGAUCUCCAACUGAUCUAGUCAGGAUUCUGACCCUUCUUGCUUGGACUCUAUCACCACAAAGCGUUCCCUGUUCCUGUAGAGCUUUGCUAACUUUCAAUUAACACAAUGUUGAGCCACAACUCCAGCUCAGCCACUCUUCAUUGCUUCUACCCGUUCAAGUUGCCCUUUGUGUUGUGCCUCUUCUGCAUGAGAGAACUCUUGCUCUGUGGGCAAAUCACUGCAAAUACCACUCCUCUUGAGCGUCUUUGCUAAUUUUCGCAUGAGUUUCUCAUUUGUUUUUAGGGAACGAUCACAUUGUUGUAGCUCCUAUUGUACAACCGUGCUACUUUUGCCAUGAUGUCUCACCAUGGCAAUUCAGUGUUUGUUUGACCCGCUCUAACUUUACUUUGUCAUCUUGUCACGUCCAUAGUUGGGGUUACCUAAGGCAUGCGACACCCAAGUGAUAUUCGUUCACAAGGGUCAACCUAGACAUUAAACUUGUGCAGUCCACAAAGGACCUACUCAUGCUUACGGGGAAGGUUAGAAAGACAAACGAAUGGGUAAUAUGUUGUCGUUGCAUACGGAAAGGGCAAGAUAAUCAAGAUCACAAGCAACACAAAGCUACCAACUUUUAUUAGGCACAAAAGGCUCUAAAAAAUGGGCUAAAUGAUUACACUCAAAAGGGUUCUUUGAGUUCAGAAGGCAGGCCCAAUAUUCACCUAGCACUAUCGUUUAACAAAAAAUGGACACACGAAAGAUGUUCCACCACUUGAUGCCAUCCAAGGUUCUAGGGUGUUGAGACAACAGAUGUUUUGCACCAAAAGACUGUCAACUAGAAAUCAACUCAUAGCACAUGAGAACAGACACACGAUAAUGGGCACACGAGAACAAAUUAUGAUGCCCUCUGUGCGAUGCCAUAAAGCCAGAAAUGUUUCUGAGUUUUACAUAGCAGAAACCAAAAAAAAAGAACACUUCUGACAAAGCAAAAUGAGGUUGAUAGUACUUUCAAUCCUGGACAAUCUGCCUAGAAGAAAAUUCUCGGGAACACUGGAAAACAAUAGGAAACAAUGACUGCAAAGCAUCAUGGAUGCAUGUCCAUCGCUCCAUGACAGCAUCAAGUGACUUCUGAAAAUAGUAUUCCACUCUCGCCCCAAUGGCUCUAUGCCAAGGCUAGUGACAGCAAGGUUGUAUUUCUAAUGUACCGGAUACCCGCCCACCAAAUUCAGCAUCUUCUGGAACCUUGCCUGAUAUUAUUCAGAAAGAUAUGUGGCGUCUGGAUGGAUCCCAGGAUAAGAAAGAAUGGAUAAGAAAUGCAAGUGAUGUAGAUUUUAGCCGCCGUUGGCGUGAAGAGGAGAGAGAAACUAGCUUGCUUGGUAGGAAAGAACGUAAAAAGGAAGGAGAUCGAGAAACCGAGUACCGAAAAAGUGACCGCCGUCCUGACAAUAUCCUGUUGAGAGAAUCUGCUGAUUCUAGGAGUUCACCUUCAUCUGACAAGUUUUAUGAAGUUCCUAAUCGUGGUACAGGGAAUGAAAAUCGCCGUGACAGCAAGUGGUCAUCUAGGUGGGGUCCCGAGGACAAAGAGAAUGAAAUGCGGACAGAAAAGAAAGUGGAUGCAGAAAAAGAAGAUUCUCACGUUGAGAAACAGUUUUUUAUUGCCAGCUUCCGCCCCUUAUCUGGAUCUGAUUCUCGUGAUAAGUGGAGGCCACGCCAUCGUCAGGAUGUUUAUUCCGGUGGGUCAUCAGUGAUUCGUGCUGCUCCUGGAUUUGGGUUGGAAAGAGUUUCCACGGAGGAUUCAAAUGUGGGUUUUGCUCGUGGUAGGGGUAGAUCAGACUCUGUUACAGGAUUGCAAUUUGGCAGGUCAUCUGCUGCUGGCCCUAUUGGUGCAACUCCAGUAAAUAAAGCGGAGUUCCGGUAUCCCAGGGGUAAACUACUAGAUAUUUAUAGGAAGCAGAAGAUGACAGUCAUUGAUGCUACUCCUGUGAGAUUUGUAGAAGUUCCUCCGAUAACAGAAUCUAGCUUUGUGACUCCUUUGGCCUUUGUCAUACCUGAUGCUGAGGAAGAGGUUCUUCUGAAAGAUAUUUGGAAGGGGAAAGUCAUGAGCAGUGAAGCAAGUUCAAGUUGGGAAAGGAUGGCAAGGGAUAAUAAAAUUGGGAUAGGUGAUGGAGACAAAACCCUGAUUGAGAAGAAACAUGCUAGAAGGGGACCUUUUACAAAUUCUGAAGAGUUGAAUUCUGACCAUGAAGAACGAAAGGCUGUCAACACUAUGAUUAAUUUGGUGGGUUUUAAUGGUUUGACUAAAAAAAUUGCAGAUCAUGAGGUUUUUCAUGAUAAACCAGUUUCAGUCAGCAAUAUUACUAAUUCCCAGAUAAAUGAUGGUCAGAUUGAAGUAGUAAAUGUUGAUGAUGAAUCAAGUCAUGUGGAUAUUCUAAAAGAUAUCAAGUUAGAAGGACAGGAUUUAACUGUCUCUGAUUUUAAUGCUAAGCUACCCGAUGAGUCAUACCCUUUAUUUGAUUCAUCUUUUGUUGAAGCGAUUCCAAGAAUCAACAAACUUAAAAGCAGCAAAGCUGAGAUGAAUCUUUCAGAACAGGGCACUCCUGAGGAGUUGAGUUUAUUUUACAUGGAUCCCCAAGGAGACAUACAGGGCCCAUUUCUCGGUGCUGAUAUCAUCUCAUGGUUUGAACAAGGUUUCUUUGGUACAGAUUUACCUGUGUGCUUAUCAGAUGCUCCUGAUGGCACACCUUUUCAGCCACUUGGUGAAGUAAUGCCUCACUUGAAACUGGAGUUCCAUUCUGGCCCUGAUAUCUGUUCUGGCGAAAAGUCCGAACCUUUGGAUGCUACAAGGAGUGACCUGGAGUCUUGUAUCCCUUCUUCCCAUGAUACUGGUGGUUCUUCCACCACAAACAAUCAAAGAAGGGCGCUAUCAUGGGAUUCUCUGGAUCAUCAUGGAAAACAUGAUGUUCCUGAAAAUGAAGCUUUCACAGAUCCCAACAAAAACAGUUUAUCUUUCCCUAGCUCAGGGACCCCACCAGGUGCAACUGGUGGACACAUCUUUCAUGAUCUUACUGGGCGAGAUGCAGAAGUUGUAUUGUACAAAGGUAGGUCCAUGAGUGACAUGGGGAAACAAUCAGGAAAAUUUGCUAAUGACCACAUUGCUCUAUCAAGGUCCCCUAAUAAUCAUCACUAUAUGGUGCCAGAGGCUGGAAAUACUAGUUUUGCCAGUGAGCACAUUCCAAGAGAGAAUAAUUUGGAUCCUUUUGGAUUAUUGUGGUCUGAGCUAGAAGGAACUCAACAGAAGCUUCCCCUUUCAUCAAAUAUUGCAGGGUCUGCUGAGAAUUUGAUUGGCAACUGUGAUUCUUCAAGAAAUUCCUUUCCAUUUGGCCUCAAUCAGACGCAGUUCAAUUUGAUCAGUGACUUCCCUAUUGCCAACAAUUCAUUGUCCAAAAACUAUAGAAGGAGCAAUAGUUUAAAUAUAAUUCCUGAUAUGUUUGAUGCAAAUAACAUGUCACAGAUUGAAGCUGAGUCAAGCCACUUUGGCUUAGAACAGCGCCUACUCUUCCAACAAUUACAGAUGAAAGAACUUCAGCAGCAAUGUUUACUGGCCCAUCAAAAUGCUGAGUUCAGUGGUACACUUUUGGACCAGGUGCAUGGACCUAUGCACCAACAUCACCAUGUUCAUCAACAACCUGUGGAGGAUCUAGAGCGUAUGUUGAAAUUUCAGUUUGAGCAGCUGCGACAUCUUGAUAUGUUGCAGCAGCAACAUCAACUGCGUCAGCAACAGACACAACUGCAUGAGCAUCAGAUUCAAUUGUUACAACAUCGUCUUCAUCAUGAACCGCAACCACAACAAUCCCAGCAGCAGAUGUAUCUUGAACGUCUGCUGCAUCGGCAAUUACUUGAAGCUGGUUUUGGAACAUCCAACAUUGAUCCUCAUGGGAUAAACAUGUUUGAUCAGGUUCGCUUUAGACAGCAGCUCUUGAAAGAGUCACAACAGUCUCACAACCUUUCACUGCAUCAUGACUCAGCUAUAGAUCAACAUAUCCAAGCAAACUUAGGGCUGAAUAUUCAACGGCAGAGUCAUAAUGGUUUAUUGGAUAUUCUAUCCCAUUCCAGUCAGAGGCAGGUGCCUCCUAUAGAACAACAAUUUCUUUUAGGGCUUCAGCUGGACCAGCUUCAGGCACAACUGUCGUCCCCUGCUUCUACCAAGCUGUCUGCAAUGGAAGAAGAGAGACACAUAGGGGGGGUUUGGUCAGUUGGUGAAUCUGGUCAGUUUAUCAGGACUGCACUUGGUCCACACCAGGAUUUUUCUGCCAGAUCUAGCCAAUCAGAGUUUAUGCAGGCAGCAAAGGGACCAUUGUUUGAGCAGCGCAGUCAUGUUCAACCAAACAUUUUGUUUCAUGAGAGAAUGCAACGAGGGCCUUAUGAACAAGGGUCACAUCCUAUUGACAGGCUACAUAUGCAUGCAGGUACUCCUGGUCCGAACUUGGAACUCAUUAAUGCCUUAGCACGAGUACAAGGACUGGAUGCACAUGAGCAUCUUAAUCAUCUGCAUACUUCUGGUGAGGUAGGACAGCUUCCUUCUAGUGUACACUCUCAUCAGAAUCAGAUUGCUAAUGAUUUAACUGGUGCAAGCAUGGAUGUGAGUGAGAGGCACUGGUUUGAACCAAAUAGGCAGCUCUCAGCUGAUUUAAUGGAAUCCCAUUUGAAGCACUUGCCAAUAGAAGCAGAAAAGAAGAGGGGCAUUAGCAUAAGUCACUCUGUUAAGGACCCAAAUGUAUGGGCAUCAUUUGUAGGAAAUGAUGGAAGUUCAGGACAUGAAUUGAGAGACUUGCUCCAUCAAGAAAUGCUUCUCCAAUCUCAACAGCCACUAGGAGUAUAUAGCACUCCAUCUUCCAAUGAGCAUGGGGACUCUUCUUGGCUCUAUUCUCAGCAUGGUCCAGAGCAUUCCUUUAAUCUUGACAUGGAUAGAGUGGGACUUAGUGGUUCUAUGUCUGAGGGUUCUCUUUUUUCUGAAGUAAGACAGCCACGAAACGAGCAACUGAUCAACAAAAAUCUGGAAGGUAGUGCUAAUGACAUUGAGAGCAGUAGAAGGCCCAGUUUGAGAUCUGGUUCUGCAACAUUAAUUGAACAGAAACAUUUUCUUUCAGAUACGGAUUAUAUUGAAAGAGAGAAAUUUGUGACUUCUUUGGGUGAUGCUUCCUUGCAAUCAUUUGAUUUCUACAAUUUAAAGGAGGUGGAAAAUAGGAAGAUGCAGGGUCUAAAGGGCAGUUCCAGGACUCAAUCAGCAUUGAACAUGCAGGACAGUGGGGUUAUGCAAGCAAUAGGUGGAGGUCAUGAGGAGGUUAAUGUUGACAAACUUUUUAGGCAUGAUUUAUCUAGCAAGGCUGCCAGAGGUUUGAGCUUCUACAAUUAUGAAACAGGGACUGAUAACGCUCAUAUUGAAGGGAUGGGUAAUAACAUGAUUUCUGGUGAUAUCUCGAAAGGAGAUGACAAUUCAUUCUUAGCAGCUACUUGUGAUCCUCAUUCUACCUCAUCUAUAGCAGGAUCUGACCUGGCCUCAAAGCAAUCUGCAAAGGCAAAGAAUCCUACUAAUGGAUCUUCUGAGGGAGGAUGUCUCAACUUUGGAGGUAAUUCUACAUCCCAUGUCUCAGAGACAUCGAUGUCUAACAAGAAAGACUUGAGAUUUCGUCGAACCUCUUCGAGCAGCGAUGCAGAUGUUGCAGAACCUUCAUUCAGUGAUAUGCUGAAGAGUACCAAAAAGACCAUGCCUGAUCCCGAGUCUCUAGAAGUUGUCUCAUCUGGUAAGAGUGCCAAAAAGAAAGGAAAGAAGGGCAGACAGAUUGAUCCGUCACUUCUUGGUUUCAAAGUCCAUAGCAACCGCAUAUUGAUGGGUGAGAUCCAGCGGCCAGAUGAUUGAGUAUUGCGCAUCUUCCGUAAUCACUGUCUAAUUGUUCCAUUGCAAGGCUGUACAGGUCCUCGUACAGUUUUUUUAAAUAUUUUAGAUAGUUCUUUUUUUUUUUCACAACAGAUCAGUUGUAAAGCGGGGUUCAUAUAGAUGAAGACUCACACUGUACGUGGGGAUGGAACAAGCGUGCAGAUUUUGUAUAGACCAACAAAAUCAAUGCAAAUAGUUUCAUGAAUGCAGCUUCUUUUUUCA